AAUUGAUGGGUGUUUAAAGCAAGUAUGUCAGAUAAAUAAAAACCUGAGGCAAAGUCGCAACCGUAAUAUUAUCAAAAAGGCGUAAAAGUAAUGGAAUAAGAAGGAAUAGGACUAAUUUCGUCUCACGGUUGUCAAUUGGGAAAUGAAUGCAACAACUUGUUUUUACAUUUCAAUGCCAUAGGUACUUUUUACCUGUAGUUAACCACAGUUAUAAAAAUGACUGUUGAUGUGACUUCAAGGUUGCAUGAGCAGUCUGAACUGAUAAUGACUCUAAAAUCAAGAGCUGACUCUGAGAUGGAACGCCGUAAGCAAGCUGAAUGCAAAUUAGUAAAUGAACUGAACAAAAGUAACGAUCUCCAGCAACAGCUUUUGGAAUGCCAACAGAGGCUAGUAACUUUAAUAAUGACAUCAUGUUGACUUUUUACAGAGUUUCCGAUGCUGAAAUCAAUAACCGCGUGUUGCGGUCUACAUUAAAUGAUCUAAGUUAUGAACUUUUUAGCAAAACGCUAAGUAAGAAUACAAACACUGAUUUAACGAGAAGAGAUACAUCUGUUCAAACUGGGGACGAAUUUUGUCAAAGUAAAGUGGUUUCAGUUGAGGCUUCAAAUACAAGAAGUUUUAAACAAUAUUUAUGGAAGUUCAGGUUUGUCGUGAUCAGUAUAUUGUUAAGACAGCUGACAAUGAUAAUUUUGCUUAUCUUAAAGAAGAUAAAGGUUACUUAUUACAUUCAUUCUCAUGUAUUAUCAUCUGCCAGCUAAAAUUCAUUUAAAUUGACUCAGAUUAGAACGCAAUAAUUACAAGGGUAAGGUAUAUUUCAACCAAAAGAUUAGUAAUAAAAAUGGAAUUUUACAUAAAAUUCAACUAAGGAAACAUUUGAUUCGUUUGACGGCCUUAAUUUUUUCCAUUUUGAUAAGUCGGAGUGUUCAAAUUUGAGUUUGAUUUGGGCAUAAAGUCGUCAGGGUUUCUUGAUGAAAUCCAUUUGCAUCAGUCUGAUUAGUUUGUGUUUCUGAUUUAUCUAUCUCGAUAGUUAAUCCUUCGCUACUUUCUUUAUGUCCAAUAAACCGGGUCUGAUUGUCUUCUUUGAGCAUGCCAUCUUUAAACGUAAUAAUCUGUUCUGGAAGCACCUAUUAUAGGAAUCAAUUUCAGUGACUUCGUUUGCAUUGACUGUUUGAUAAAAAGUUUAUUAUAAUCCCAAUCAAUAGUAUUUUAUUGUCUCCAGAUUGACAGCUCAUCUGACAUCACUGUCUUGUGCAGCCAAAUCUAAGAUCUACUUAGUUCAUUGUAAAUGAAACCUUCUAACAAAAUCAUUCAAAAUACACCCGUUACUAUUUCGGAACUUAUCGAUUAGCUAUGUUAUCAGUUCCUUUUCAACGGAUUACAUCCUAAUGGAGUAUUUUACCUAAUUGACAGCAGAACGCUAUGUUUUUUGUCCAGAGAUGAUAGAUUUUGUAUUGGUGGACAUUUCCGUCAACGCUUAUCGGAACCGUUUGUAUUCAUUGACAGAUAGUCAAUGUUUUUAAUCAAGGUACGUUAACAUUUAGUGAGCAAACUAUAAAAAACCUCCACUUUUGUUUUUUUAUUGUGAUCACUGGGUAACAGCAGAAGUUCAUCCGUCAGCAAGAAAAGAUACCAAGUUUGCUUUAGGACAAAAUGGAGUCAGUGUAAUCGGAUAAACACCGUUCUAUUCCCAGCCAAACAAACAAAUAAACCGAACAAUUUUUUGGUACAUAGCAAAACUCUUUGAGAAAGUAUAACUGGAAGAGGAUCACAACUUUUUUAAAGAGGUUUCUAUAAAUCCAUCGUGCUACACAAGUUUGCGUACAUUCUUCAGCGUUAUUGUUGUAGCUCCAGGUCAUAAGUCCCAAAGGGACGAAUUUGCUUGGAAACAAUCCAACCAAUACUGUAGAGCACAAAAGGAUAAUUUUUAGUCAUAUGUUGUGUACAUUCAACCACCUUCUUCCUAGAUGCACGAUGAUGGCUAUAUAGCAGGUUUGGAUAAAGCUAGCAAAAUCCUUUCCAAAACAAAUAAGUCAAUCACUUAACUCUGUUUUUUUUAAUUACUAGAAAAACUGUUACUAUUUCUGUUGCUUCGACUUUUAUCCACAUAAUAUCCUCUUGUCGUUUUUAGAUGGUUUGUCAACUCGAACUGAUGGAUAGUUUUGUCGGUUUCUAUGUUCAUGACUAAAUAGCUUUAGGUCAGUAAAAACUAGCUUUGAACCCCUUAAAUAAACAGAAGACUGAAUUUUGCAGAGAUGUGUUAGUUACUCAAUUUGAAUACAUGUUACAUGAUUGAAAGCGUUUGUAUUCCCAGCAGUUAGAAUAACUAUGGAAUAAGGUUUAAAAUUUAUUUAGAUACCUGUGGAAUUGAAACAAAGAAGACAAUCAGACCCGGUUUAUUGGACAUAAAGAAAGUAGCGAAGGAUUAACUAUCGAGAUAGAUAAAUCAGAAACACAAACUAAUCAGACUGAUGCAAAUGGAUUUCAUCAAGAAACCCUGACGACUUUAUGCCCAAAUCAAACUCAAAUUUGAACACUCCGACUUAUCAAAAUGGAAAAAAUUAAGGCCGUCAAACGAAUCAAAUGUUUCCUUAGUUGAAUUUUAUGUAAAAUUCCAUUUUUAUUACUAAUCUUUUGGUUGAAAUAUACCUUACCCUUGUAAUUAUUGCGUUCUGAUCUGAGUCAAUUUAAAUGAACUUUAGUGGGCAGAUGGUAUCAAAAGAGAAAACAUGUAAUAAGUUUGAUUUUUUUGGUAAAACGAUUACAUUAUUAAGACACUGUGGCGUUGAAUACUGACUUGUUAGCAUGUUUUAAAAGGAUCAAAACCUCCGCUUUAUACAUACGAUUGAGUAUUUACUUACGUAAAGUUGGCUUUAUGAACAAUAUGAAGACAAAAUGCUUCAUAAGGGUUCCAUCGGGAGUUUUCAUCAAAUAUUACCCUGGUAAUCACUGUUUUAGAUUCUCCGAAUAAUGUAUUCAUACGUCGGAUACUUAGCUAGUUAUUGCCCUCAACUUUGUCUUGGAGCUCAUCAGUAUCAAAAUUUAAUUCACUGUUCGUUUAGCGGUAGAAAUAUAAUGCACUGGUGAAGUAAGUUCUCAUUAUAUGUUAAAAAGAUAUAUUUAUCAACUAGAUUGUUGAGGGGAUUACUCGAAAUGUUCGAAAUGCGCUAGUUGCUAUGUUUUUAAACCUGGACUAAAAAUAUAUGCAGUUAGUUAGUGAUAUGUUGUUUAAACAAGUUUAGACUUUAGAUGUCUUAAUUUCACUUUUAUAAAGAAAUUCUUGAAAUAAAACCGAUCUACACACUCUGUAUCCUCUAAGUUUAGAACUUCUAACUGCAUUCUUGUCGUCUGCUGAUAGUUUUCAAAUUUACUUUUUCAAUGCAAUAACCUAGAUUUCAGAACAUGUAAAAGUCUAAAUUUUGAAACUACAUAAAUUUUCCUAAGAAUAAAUGACAUAUAAAUUCAUCUGUUUAUGUAAAAUUGAAAUACCAUUUGAGAAAAUAAUAUCACAAGCAAACAUUUGUAUAGAAUAUUUAUUAAUCAAAACGUCGAAGUUCCGUUUGUAAGAGAAACAUUCGGAUAGUAGCAAAGUUUCAAAAAACAUGUUGUUGAUCAUAUGGUCAUUUGCCUGAAUCCUGCCAUAACCUGAAUUCUAUCUCAUUUAAAUCAUUUUUGCAUUGUUUUAUGAUAGGAUAAUCGUCUUGGCAAAAUAGCAACAUAAAUGAGGCAUAUAGACUUAUAGUUUUCAGAAUGGAUACCUCUAACAGCACUCUAACAGAAUGGAUUCUUAGCUAGUCAAUUGACCUAGCGUUAAUCUAAGUAUACAGGCAUUCAUUUGAAUUUACAUUAUUUAGAUGCCUGCAGUUUUAUUUUCAAGAUUUUAUGACAUUGUUUUCAUGACAACGAGAUCAACAACGCAGGUUCUUGUGAGUGUACUUUUCUUGGCCGUUUACUUACCUUUCCCGAUAUCUAGUUGCUUUUGCAUGGCAUAAAAGAAAUUGAAGAAAUAUACAACUCGUCAACAAUGAUUUUAUAAUGGAUUUUACACAUUUGAGUAGUUUGAGUCAUAUGAUGCUUAAUCACAGUAUAAGUUGCAAGGAAUAUAUAGUACUGUUUUUUCUGUAUUUGAAGGGAGUUAAAACAGGAGAAUAAUAAACUUUUACAACUGACAAACGAGAUGAGAUCAAUAUAUACACAAAAUCUCAAAACAAUUCAAAAUCGUUUGAAUUGCUUGACAGACUUAAUCUCGACAGUUUGUAGUUCUUAUCUAAAAGUAAAUCAAGCCUAUCAUAAUGAUGAUGUCAAGUGGAGAAAUGAAAGACAAAACUUAUCCUUGCAUCUAGAGAAUGAAAAGCAUUUAACUGAAGAAAUACGUAUUAAACUAAAUAUCAUGGAAGCAGAGAAGAAAAAAAUAGAAAAGACCAUAAACAAAUUAAAAGAACAAAGAGAAAAUGAAAUGAAAGAAUUUAACGCUAAUAAACAAAUAAAGCGUUUAAAAGAAGAACUUGACAUUUCUAAACUUCAAACGGAACAAAUGAGACAAUGAGCAGUGGUAUGUUUAUAUUUAUGAGUUUGUUAUUAUUUUAGAUGUUUCUCGUGUUGUAAAUGUAACUUAAUGUACCGUUGUAAUGAUUGUCGUUAUUCUUUUAAUGUCGUUUAAAAUUUGUGAAACUAAAAGAUAUUGUUUGUUGAUCGUGGUCUAUUUGACAAGGUAGGAUUCAUUAGUAUUUCAUUCUUUAUUUUCCUUGAAAAAGCUUGGACCAGAUUGCCAGACGAAACGUUGAAUUUACUUCAAAUUCUUUCGUUGAAAUUUUACAAAUUUCAUUCUUUAGGUUUAAAACUAAAUUUAUAAUAUACCUUCUAUGAAAAUAACGUAAUGACUUUUAUAAGCAUCGUAAGUUACUGAUGAAAAACGUAUUAAAUAACAUUCAUUCGUCUGUCGAACUUUAUUACUGAAUAACAAAUGUACUUACUAACUUACUUACGCCUGUUACUCUUAAUGGAGCAUAGGCCGCCGACCAGCACUCUCCAACCCACUCUGUCCUGGGCCUUCUUUUCUAAUUCCAUCCAAUUCUUGUUCAUUUUUCUCAUGUCUAUUUCUAUUUCGCGGCGUAAUGUGUUCUUUGGUCUCCCUCCUUUCCUUUGGCCUUCAGGACUCCACGUGAGGGCUUGUCUUGUGACGCAGUUGGGUGUUUUCCUCAAUAUGUGUCCUAUCCACUUCCAGCGCUUCUUCCUAAUUUCUUCCUCCGCUGGGAUCUGGUUUGUUCUUUCCCACAGUUGGUUGUUGCUAAUAGUGUCCAGCCAAUGGAUCUGAAGUAUCUUGCGUAGACAACUGUUAAUAAACACCUGUAUCUUCUGGAUGAUGGCUUUCGUAGUCCUCCAGGUUUCUGUCCCAUACAGUAGAACUGUCUUGACAUUUGUAUUGAAAAUCCUGACCUUGGUAUUGGUUGACAGUUGUUUUGAAUUCCAGAUGUUCUUCAAUUGUAAAUAUGCUGCUCUUGCUUUACCGAUCCGCGCUUUCACAUCUGCAUCAGACCCACCAUGUUCACCAAUGAUGCUGCCCAAAUAUGUAAAGGUUUUUACAUCUUCCAAAUCUUCUCCGUCAAUUGUGAUUGGAUUAGUGCAUACUGUGUUGUAUCGGAGAAUCUUGCUUUUCCCUUUGUGUAUAUUAUGACCUAUUGCUGCUGAGGCUGCUGCUACACUGGUCGUUUUCUCCUGCAUUCGUUGUUGCGAUUGCGAUAGGAGGGCCAGAUCAUCUGCGAAGUCUAGGUCGUCCAGCUGCAUCCUAGAUGUCCACUGUAUCCCGCGUUUCCCUUCAGAUGUAGACGUCUUCAUGGUUUAGUCGAUCACCAGGAGAGAGAGGGAGGGUGAGAGUAAGCAACCUUACCUGACACCGGUCUUUACCUCGAACGAGUUUGUCAAUUGUCUUCCAUGCACAAUUUCGCAGUUUAAUCUAUCAUAGGAAUUCCGUAUGAUAUUGACUAUCUACUGAGACACACCGUAGUAUCGAAGAAUAACAAAUGUGUUCCGUAUUAUAUCAACUGUUCAAGCUACUUUUAUUUCUUAAUAGUAGUCACUGAAUAUAACUUUAAUUUAUGAAACAGAUAAAAAUGUUGAAAAUCAUUUUUCAUAUUGAGUGUGAAGUUUUCUAUCAACAAAUAUACAUCAAUGGUAUUCCGAUAAAGAGGAUAUAUAGGGGUUGAUACCUACUCACUAUCAUUAGUGUAAAAGUAAAUUUAAGUCAUAAUCACAAUAGUUGAGAGAUUUAGGAUUAGCAGUUGUAGAUCUGUUAUGAAGAAUACGAGUAUGAAAUUUGAUUAUAUAAUUAAGUAAUCAUAAAAUAAUUUUAUAAGAAGUUAAUAUCUGUAACAUUCAAUAAACUUUUGGAAUUCAAAUUUCAUUUUACUUCAAUCUCUUAUAAACUUCGUGGAUACAAGUGAGUAUUGAAAUGAAAAAUUAUAGCAUAAAAAUAAGAAUUUUAAUUUAAAGAACAGAUGGAUUUUGACUAGCUAAGCGAUUUAAAACUCGUGUUUACUUCUAUUUAGGUUUCUUCAGCUCGAUAGUCCUGAAUCCCGGUGUUGAUUUUCACUUUUGAACUCAAACCCAAUAUCUUUGAUAUUAAACGCCAACGUGAUAUAUACUGAACUAGUGAGUUCAGAUGACCGGUUAACAAUUCGCACAAGAUGCAUACAUGCAAACAAAGACUGAUCUAAAUUCAAUCCUGAAUAUCAGUAUUACAUUCUUGAUCUGUCUAGCCACUUUUAUGCAGAGGAUAACUUGUCUAAUCUAGAUUAAGAUCCUGACACGAUAGACUGACUGGCUUAACCUUUAGACUAGUAUGCCUGAGUUCUAAGUGAGAUCAACUGCUUGGAGUAGAGGGACGAAAACUAUUUUAUCACCUGAUUAGCUGACAAGUACGCGAGUACGAGAAAAAUAGUCAACUACAAUACUACAUGAUUUAUUCUCAGUUCCGACCUGGUUUCCGAUUUCAGAUUAGUGUAAAAAGAUAUAUGAAUAAAUAGAUGACUAACCAGACCACAACUCAGAACAGUUAAGAAAAAUACAAUAGUUUUGGAACAAAAACGGACUAUGUCAUUAAAUCAUACAUCAAACGAAAGCUUAUGAUCUGUAGAAUACACUACGAACAAAAAUAAAUAUUACUGUUUUACAAGCUUUGAAUUAAAUAAAAUAACGUCCUGAAAAAAAUAGCUUCUUGUUUCUCUGUUCACAUCAAUUAAUCAAGGUGUAAUCAAUACCUUUUCAUCACUGAUGUCUUAAAUGCUUAUUCGUAUAAAGUCUUUAGGUGGUAUAUAUUGACAAAAUUUGUUCAAUACUUAGUUACUUUUAUUAGUUUUAAUGGAAAUGUAUUUCUUUUUUCUUUACUAAAAAAACAUCUUCAAAUGAUUGAAAUAGACCUCAUGAAAUUGUUUAUUUAUUUGAAGGAUUUUGAAGCCUAUAAAAUUUAUACAAAAGAAUUAUUGGAUAAUGAAAGAACAUUAAACAAGGAACUUCGAAGGUCGUACCAUUGAGAGUGGCAGGAAUGAUAAUAUUAUCUUUGAAAAAGAUUAUUUCUUCAAACAGAUUGCAGUAACCUAUUCAUAUCAUCUCUAAUAAAUCAAUAAAUCAAAUUGAUUCCGUUUUUUGUUUAUUUUGUAGCAGACAAAAUGUAAACAAUUCCGUGAAACAUCACAAACAAAUUUAGAAAUGGUAUCAUUUAAAAGGUAUAAAAAUAUGGAUUCUCAUCGAAUUUCGGUCCAUUUUAGUGUUGAAUAGAAGGAUAAUAUGUUUACAAGACUUUUUACUAUAUGGCACUUUUCUUAGUGAUUUAAAACAUGUGUCUUGAUUAAGAG